AUCCAAAUGACUUUUACUUGAAUGGAAAAAUAUAUACUUGAAUGGAAAUAUAUAUACGUUUUAAAUCGUUUUCACAUUUGGAGAAUCUCAUAGUUAUCCAGAAUGGAACCGAACUCGCGGUGAGUGUUUCUAGCCGGGUUCUUUCCAAACCGCACCGCUCGGUCUGGAUGGAAAAGAGUUGGGGAGACGAGCGGAGGGUCGGUCAAAGAGCAGCACUGCGUUUAUAUUUAAGGAAAUGCAGGAGCAGCCACUAAGCAGUAUGCUUUCUUCACCUAACACCAUGGAGUUAGAUGACCCCAUAUCUACCAAAUUUCUGAGUCUCAUUGAGUCACUCAUGGCAAAAACCACUUCAGAGAUUGUGAAGGUAUUCACUGAAGUACUCUUGGAGACCAAGGUGGAGAUCACCCGUAGCUGGAAAGAAAUAGAUGAGCUGAAGCAAAAGCUUGAAGAGAGCGAAGAGCAGAGAGCAGAGGCCAGUUCGAGAAGUCAAGCAACCUGCACCUUUAAAAGAGAAACCGAGGAAGUGCUGGUGUCAGAUGUGGGCAUUCAGAUCACUGUUUCAGACACUAGGACAAUUUUGCCAGCAGACAGAGAAAGCAAGGAUGCAAUGCAAACACAUGACUAUGUCCCAGUGGAGAACACAGUGGUCACUGAGACAAGUCUGGAAGUCCAUGGACCUGUGGGUUUCAAGACUUCUUCAACUGGUACAACUUUAGAAACCCCAGGUACAUCUGGCAUGAACCAGCCUGUAAAUAGUUCAAACCAAACUAAAGAAUCAGGGGUCUGCCAGACUCCAGUUAAACGCAAAAGAGGCCGUCCACCUAAACCUAAAGUCACAGAGCAUCAAAAUUCCACGGCAGGGGAUAAAGUAGUGUCAAGGUCAACAGUUCAACCAGAUAGACUAAUGGACCCUCAGCAACCCUCCACUAGUACAAGCAGAAUUAUUCUUGGUAAAAACAGAUGCAAAAGAGCAGUGGUAAAAAGGAGAAAAAUCAUUCAAAAGAAACUUUCUUCUACAGGCACUAGCACUCCUACACACACACUUCGUGAUCGACAGCUUCUUAACAACCACAGGACUUGUUUGUGCUGCUCAUCAGACCAAUGCUCACUUCAAGUGAAGAAGCCAAAAUUCAAACAAGAGGUGAUUCAUAAAGUGUACACUUGCAGUAGGUGCGGAGACACAUUUCCAACUCCUUCGCAUCUCACUGCACACAGGCGGACCACUCAGUCUUCAAACAACCAUUUUAAGUACUGCUGCUAUCUCUGUGGUCACAUGUUUGCUAGCAGAUGUUGCUGGAAUUUGCACAAAAGGAUACAUGCCCAUUCUAAUGUUGCUGAGAAUGCCCAACAAGCUGCCUCCAUACCCUCCCAGCUGCUUAUGCGACCCAAAGAACUGAAGGCCAAGGUUCAGGUUCGCCUGGAGAGAAUUUCAGAUGCUCAGUUGGAAGCUGCCUUGUUCCCUAAAGGCUCUUUGUUGCAAACCGAAAAACCAAGUCUGAGCUCCAUGGACACAUCGCAGAACCGGCUCUCUGCAGUAGAAAACCCUGCUUUGAGAGAGGGUGCCAGUGCACCAUCAGCAGUCACUUUCAUAAGCACACCAGAUUUUAAGGAAUCUGGAUCUCAGACCGGGAACAUCUUGGAUUUAAGGUCAGAAAGUGAAACAGGUGAAAAUAUAAAGCAGUCACAUGAGGAGACGACGUUCCCUUUAAUUCCGACUGCCUCUGACCAGUCAUUGACUGUACCUACAGCUGCCCCCAUGAAUGGUGAAGAAGGAUCUUCUGGUGCAAGUGAUGAGUCAACAGUGGGAUUAAAUUCAAGAAAGCGGAAAAUGUUGGAUUGUGAUCAUAAUGUGCACAAUGGGGUGUUUCCAGUUGAGAAAAUUCUUAGAUGGAGAAACACAAAGGGCCAAAAUGAAGUCAGAGUUAAAUGGAUGCCUUGCUCACUGUGUGGGGCAAAAUGGAAAAAUACAUGGGAGCCAGCUGAAAGUUUUAUCUCGUAUAAGGACAGCAGAGAUGAAGAACCUGUACCCAUUAACACGCAGGACUAAAAUUUCAUGCAGCAGACUAUAAUGAUUUGAUAUUGUAAAAAUGUGUUUUAAUUUAUUUGCACUUGCUCUCUCCAUUUUAAUCUGACCCGUAUCAGUAAAUCUUUUUUGUAAGGUUAACAGUACUUAUUUUGGGACAUAAGAUGCAGUCCGGUUUUAUUCAAAUGACUGCAUGACUUGCCUCAGCAUUCUCUGGUCUCUUACACCUUAUAUAGUGGCAAAUUAGAUAAAAGGUGACUAGGAAAUAGUUCUGAUGUUUGAUGUGUGGAACUUCAAUUUAAAUUAUAUAUUGCUGUGUCCAAACGUUUGUACACACCUGAUCAAAUGGCAUAUUCUCUACACAGAAUAUAAUCCUUUCUAUUUUAAAGACAAAGAGCCAUUAGAUCAGAUGUGUCAAUGUUUGUAUAUGAAUAUUUUCACACGUCUUUAUUUGCAGCAAGCUGAUCUGAGUUUCAGUUAGCUUACUUUUAUAUAUAUAUUUUUUUAUUAUUUGUUAAUUUGUAUUAUAUUAAACAUUUAAGAUCUUAAGACAAAUAUAUAUCCGCUGAUUAUUAAUUUACUGCCUCGAAUAACUUGAAUGUUUACUUGUCAGUGUACGAAACCUGUUUUAUACGUUUUAAACACUGUUUGCAGUCUUUCUGAAAAUCACUUUAAGCAUAGUACCGAAGCCAUUUCCAUGAUGUGUAGCAUUGUUGUUGGAUCUGAGUUGCUGCAUUAAAUGACUUGCACAUUACCUGAAUGUAAACUAAAUGUUAAAAAUGUAUUUGCCUUGUGUUCUGAUAUGUUAUUCAGUAUCUAGAUGCCAUGUCCAUAUGUGCUGUUAAAGCCUGUAGCACAAAGGUUUGUGAAUGCUUCUUUUUAUAUAAACUCUGUAAAAUUGGUGGUUAUUGGUAGGAGAUGCUGGCUCUAACAGGUCACAUGUUGAUUAUUUGUGAUUUUAUGAGCAUAUUUCCAAAAAAAAAAAAAAAAAACGUUUAUUGAAAAAAUGUAGUCAUACAAGAGUUUAAAGUUGUUGUAAAGCUAGGGACAUAUAUAUAUAUAUAUAUAUAUAUAUAGAUAGAUAGAUAGAUAGAUAGAUAGAUAGAUAGAUAGAUAGAUAGAUAGAUAGAUAGUAGUGCUGAUAGUCCAAGUGUAUGAAGUACGUUAAUUCAAGACUGUCUGCUUACUGUGUUUUAAUUUUUUUUAUUACUUAAUUGGAAAUUUGACUGUUUGUGGUAAAAAUGACCCAGAAAACAUGACCACACUAACAGACCUGGUAUAAAUGAGUAAUCACAAGUUGACCAGACAGACAUCCUUUUAUUCACACUUCCUGUUGGAGAGUACAGAGUUCUGCUGCUUCUGUUUGGUGAUGUGUAAUUUAGAUGUUGAAGUUUUAAUCUUAAUUCCUAAAUAAACAUUUUGAAACAUUGUGAAAUCA